AUGAAAAUAUUUUAUAAUAAAAAUAUAAAAACACAUAAAUAUAAUUUAUAUACUCCUGAUAUAAAUAAACAAAGAACGAAAUAUAGAAUUCAUUGUAGGUCAUUUAUUUUUAAGUCAUUAUUUUUAUGUGUAUUUUCAUUAUUUUAUAUAUCUUUAUGGAAUGUAUAUGAUGAAAAUAUAGUUCCAUUAACAAAAUAUAUUGAUAUAGUAUCACGAAAUUUAUCUGAAUUUCAAAAUGAAAAUAAUAAUGAUAUGAAAAGAAAAAAUACAGUGAACCAUUUGGAUAAAACAAAUGAGAAUUCCCAAAAUUCAUAUAAUAAUGAAACAGUUACAUUAGAAAAUAAACAUUACAAUGAUAUGUCAAAGAAUUUAUCUAGAAAGGAAUUAUUUGAUGUAUUAAAUUCAUUAAAAGAAUGUCCAUCAAAUGAAGAUCUUAGAAAUAUAUGGUUUCACACAGUUGAUAUUGCAAAAGAAGGUUUGGAUAAUCUAUUAAAAGAGUCAAAGACAUCAAUACAAAAAUAUUUAGAUAAUAAUAUUCACAUAAGCACUGAUAAAUAUGGUAAUAAAACGCUUUUAUAUGAAAAAAUAUGGAAUGAAUAUAUUUCGAGAUUUUCUCAAGAAGUAGAACGUGAAGAGGUAGAAUACACUAAUGAAUUUUUUAGUUUAAUUAAUGAUAAACAUACCCUAGAUGAUAUAUUAAAAUUUAUUUAUUCAUUCUUAGAAUAUUUUGAAAUAUUAAAAAAAAUACUACAAGAAGAAUACCACGAGGAACUCCUUCGAACAAUUGUAGAAAACAUGAAUGAGAAAAAAUGA